GAUGCCGAGAAGUACUCCUGCUGUAGGAGGAGACUCAGGACAGACGGAGGAAGGACAGCAGACCAGGCAGUCACAGCCGCCCUGACAAGAGCGUUCCUAGAACUCAGGAUCUUCUCUACAGAAGAGGACAGAGCAGACAGCAGAGACCAUGGGGUCUCCCUCAGCCUCUCUUCACAGACGGUGCAUCCCCUGGCAGAAGCUCCUGCUCACAGCCUCACUUCUAACCUUCUGGAACCCGCCCACCACUGCCCAGCUCACUAUUGAAUCCAGGCCGUUCAAUGUCGCAGAGGGGAAGGAGGUUCUUCUACUUGCCCACAAUCUGCCCCAUAAUCUUUUUGGCUACAUCUGGUACAAGGGAGAAAGAGUGGAUGCCAGCCGUCGAAUUGGAUCAUAUGUAAUAGGAAUUAAACAAAUUACCCUAGGGCCCGCACACAGCGGUCGAGAGACAAUAUACUUCAAUGCAUCCCUGCUGAUCCAGAACGUCACCCAGAAUGACACAGGAUCCAUCACCCUACAAGCCAUAAAGGAAGAUCUUGUGAAUGAAGAAGCAACUGGCCGCUUCCGGGUAUACCCGGAGCUGCCCAAGCCCUACAUCUCCAGCAACAACUCCAAUCCCGUGGAGGACAAGGAUGCUGUGACCUUAACCUGUGAACCUGAGACUCAGGACACAACCUACCUGUGGUGGGUAAACAAUCAGAGUCUCCCGGUCAGUCCCAGGCUGGAGCUGUCCAGUGACAACAGGACCCUCACUCUAUUCAAUAUUCCAAGAAAUGACACAACAUCCUACGAAUGUGAAACCCAGAACCCAGUGAGUGUCAGACGCAGCGAGUCAGUCACCCUGAAUGUCCUCUAUGGCCCGGAUGCGCCCACCAUUUCCCCUCUAAACACAUCUUACAGAGCAGGGGAAAAUCUGAACCUCACCUGCCACGCAGCCUCUAACCCAGCUGCACAGUACUCUUGGUUUGUCAAUGGGACGUUCCAGCAAUCCGCACAAGAGCUCUUUAUCCCCAACAUCACCGUGAAUAAUAGCGGAUCCUAUAUGUGCCAAGCCCAUAACUCAGCCACUGGCCUCAAUAGGACCACAGUCACGGCGAUCACAGUCUAUGUGGAGCUGCCCAAGCCCUACAUCUCCAGCAACAACUCCAACCCCAUAGAGGACAAGGAUGCUGUGACCUUAACCUGUGAACCUGUGGCUGAGAACACAACCUACCUGUGGUGGGUAAACAAUCAGAGCCUCUCGGUCAGUCCCAGGCUGCAGCUCUCCAAUGGCAACAGGAUCCUCACUCUACUCAGUGUCACACGGAAUGACACAGGACCCUAUGAAUGUGGAAUCCAGAACUCAGAGAGUGCAAAACGCAGUGACCCAGUCACCCUGAAUGUCACCUAUGGCCCGGACACCCCCAUCAUAUCCCCCCCAGACUUGUCUUACCGUUCGGGAGCAAACCUCAACCUCUCCUGCCACUCGGACUCUAACCCAUCCCCGCAGUAUUCUUGGCUUAUCAAUGGGACACUGCGGCAACACACACAAGUUCUCUUUAUCUCCAAAAUCACAUCCAACAACAACGGGGCCUAUGCCUGUUUUGUCUCUAACUUGGCUACUGGUCGCAAUAACUCCAUAGUCAAGAACAUCUCAGUCUCCUCUGGCGAUUCAGCACCUGGAAGUUCUGGUCUCUCAGCUAGGGCUACUGUCAGCAUCAUAAUUGGAAUGCUGGUUGGGGUUGCUCUGAUGUAGCAGCCCUGGUGUAGUUUCUGCAAUUAAGAAAGACUGGUAGGUAUGACAGCCUUUCCUCUUGUUCGGUUUCCUGCAGUGCUGACUGCCAUGUUUGGGAGAGAGAAAGGACUUCUUCGCCUGUAUCUGGGACUGGAUCUCCUCCUCCUACCCCCAAGCUCCUGCUUCUCAGCACUAAUUCCUGCAGGUCUCUUCUUCCCUGGUCUUCAUGCUCCCUGUACCCCACUGUCUCUUAGACAUAAUUAUCCCCAGCCUCUGCUCAUUUGUUUCCCAAAUUCAAUACAUUGUCAAAGCCUCUUGGUCCUUUUUUAACAUCUCUCACUUGUGUCAUUCUCUUCAUUCCCAUAAACCUCAACAACUGCUCAAAGUCCUGCUUGACCCCUUGUUGCCAGUCUUUGAAAUGUUUCUUGCAUAUGACUGCCUCAUUACCUUCCUAAAAUCUAGUUCACUCGCCUACUCAAGAAGACACAGGGACCUACUGUGGUCUAUUAGAUAAGUUCACAUU